AGGAGUCCGGAGAGAGGGAGGGAGAGAAGGAGGCAGUUGGCCAGGAGGGCCGGGGGGGUGGGGGGGGGACGCGGUCCCUGCGGUCGGUCAGUCUGUCUGCGGGGCGCAGAAUCGCGUGGAAGUUUGCUGCAAGCUCCCAGGCGCCGCCUCCGCCACCCGGAGUCCGGUUCCGUGCAGCCUCUGCCGAGUGAGCUCCUUCGCCGCUGCCGGAACCCGACCGCCAGCCGCCCGCUGCCCGCUCUCCCGCCCCUCAGGCCCCGGCGCCAAACGAGGAGGUGGGCAGCCACGCCGGCCAUGGACCGCCGGAGCUGAAGAGCCUCUGCGAAGCCCCUGGCCCUCGCGCCUCUUCGCCCUUUUCCCUGGAAAGGCGGGGGAAAAAAGGGGGACUAACCAGAAGAGAGAAAGAAGAGGGUGGGGAGGGGGAACCGGUGUCUCCCCCCGGGGCAGUCGCGCAUCGUCCCCGAACCCACCAGAGGCAGAACUUUCAGGGACGACUUUUACCAGUUUGCUCCCACCUUUUUGCCAAACCCUAAAAUGAAAGGACAAAAGUUGGCGCUGACUCUGGCAGCUCGGAUGACGACUGGAGCGUUUUCAGCGGCAUCUCCAGGAGAAAAACCCGUGCGCGUCUGAUUGUUCUGUGGCCCCCAAGCUGCAGUGCGCGCGUGUGUGUGUGGGGGGGUGUGUUUGGGUGUGUGUCUGUGUGUGUACACAGACGUCCACACACACACUCGCGGCCGCGGGAUCAGCGCCUGGAAGCAGACGUUUCGGCCACAGACUGACUCGUAGAGGAGGAGCUGGCGAUCGGGAGGCGUGAGCCGCCAAAAGUCUGCAGGAUCCUGGUGUGAAUGAACCGGAGGCACCUGGGCGCAGGGAUCACCUCCCCCACACCCCGCCCCGGGCCAGAGUUGAGUUGUGGGGCAUUUUUUUUUUCACCCUCUUGUGAAGAAUUUUUUUUUUUAUUAUUUGUUGUAAAGUCUUUUGCACAAUCACGCCCACAUUUGGGGUUGGAAAGCCCUAAUUACCGCCGUCGCUGAUGGACGUUGGAGAGGGAGCGCCUCGCCGAGGAACAGUCGCCUGCGCGCCCUCGCCGGCCCCGCGGCUCCCUUGUUGCGCGCCGGCCGGGCCCUGCUCCGGCUGCCGGCAGGCGGACUUCGGCGCCCCCUCGGUUCCCGCGCGCAUCCCAGCACUACUCUGGCUCGGGCACCCAGACUCGAACGCUAGUGACGGCUUAGGCUCCAGUCUCCAGAGCCUGCCGGACGAGCCCUGGAGGAACCCGCAGCUCCGCGCAGGAUCGUCUCCGCAGGCUUAACGAGGACGCUCCGCUUGGAUUCUUCGGCUCUGGUGGCGACUUCCUCCCCGCGCCCCCCUCCCCCUCGCAAUGAAGAAGUCGAUUGGAAUAUUAAGCCCAGGAGUUGCUUGGGGGACGGCUGGAAGGGCAAUGUCUUCCAAGUUCUUCCUAAUGGCUUUGGCCAUAUUUCUCUCCUUCGCCCAGGUUGUAAUAGAAGCUAAUUCUUGGUGGUCGCUAGGUAUGAAUAACCCUGUUCAGAUGUCAGAAGUAUAUAUCAUAGGAGCGCAGCCUCUCUGCAGCCAACUGGCAGGACUUUCCCAAGGACAGAAGAAACUCUGCCACUUGUAUCAGGACCACAUGCAGUACAUUGGAGAGGGCGCCAAGACGGGCAUCAAGGAGUGCCAGUAUCAGUUCCGACACCGGAGGUGGAACUGCAGCACCGUUGAUAACACCUCUGUCUUCGGCAGGGUCAUGCAGAUCGGCAGCCGCGAGACGGCCUUCACGUACGCGGUGAGCGCCGCGGGGGUGGUCAACGCCAUGAGCCGCGCCUGCCGCGAGGGCGAGCUGUCCACCUGCGGCUGCAGCCGCGCCGCGCGCCCCAAGGACCUGCCGCGGGACUGGCUGUGGGGCGGCUGCGGCGACAACAUCGACUACGGCUACCGCUUCGCCAAGGAGUUCGUGGACGCCCGCGAGCGGGAGCGCAUCCACGCCAAGGGCUCGUACGAGAGCGCGCGCAUCCUGAUGAACCUGCACAACAACGAGGCCGGCCGCCGGACGGUGUACAGCCUGGCCGACGUGGCCUGCAAGUGCCACGGGGUGUCAGGCUCGUGCAGCCUCAAGACGUGCUGGCUGCAGCUGGCCGACUUCCGCAAGGUGGGUGAUGCCCUGAAGGAGAAGUACGACAGCGCGGCGGCCAUGCGGCUCAACAGCCGGGGCAAGCUGGUGCAGGUCAACAGCCGCUUCAACUCGCCCACCACCCAGGACCUGGUCUACAUCGACCCCAGCCCCGACUACUGCGUGCGCAAUGAGAGCACCGGCUCGCUGGGCACGCAGGGCCGCCUGUGCAACAAGACGUCCGAGGGCAUGGACGGCUGCGAGCUCAUGUGCUGCGGCCGCGGCUACGACCAGUUCAAGACGGUGCAGACCGAGCGCUGCCACUGCAAGUUCCACUGGUGCUGCUACGUCAAGUGCAAGAAGUGCACGGAGAUCGUGGACCAGUUCGUCUGCAAGUAGUGGGCGCCCCGCUGCCUGCCUGCCGCUCCCAGGACCCACUUAUUUAUAGAAAGUACAGUGAUUCUGUUUGGGUUUUUUUUUUUUUUUUUAAUGUUUUUUUUUAUCCCUAAGAAUUGCAACCGGAACCAUUUUUUCCCCCUGUUCCCAUCUGAGAACUCUGUGGUUAAUAAUAUUAUAAUUAUUAUUUGGCAAUAAGGGGGUUGGGAACCAAGAAAAUAUUUAUUUUGUGGAUCUUUGAAAAGGUAAGACAAGACUUGUUUUGAUGGUAUAAUGGAUGGGGGGGAUAAAACAUGCCCUUGCUGAGAUGUGUGCACAUCUGGAGGUCAAGGAAACACUGUUCUAUUUGUCUCAGCUAUCGCAUGGGACAGGUAGCACCCCACUGCAAGGUGGCCCAGAGCUAUGCAUGAUGCAGCACCUGGGAGCAAAAGGAGUUCUGCGGUCUGGGGAAGCCGGAAGGUCUUGAGAAACAGACAAAACAAUGAGAACCCCACCCCCCUCUUUCCCAGGGGCUGCCAGCCUGAAAUAUUUCCAAAAUGUAUUUAAAAUUUGAGAACAAGAAUCUCAUAUCCCUUCAAGAAAGAAGGUUUAUCAUAUGUCUCACUGUCCUCGAGCAUUCCAUCUACAGCUGGUCCAUUCUAUUAGCUACUGAAACCUGGGGAGCAGGGAGAGAAGCCCUAGACAUUAAAAAACAAAAAACUCCUUAUAUUGAGUCAGUUGAUUUAAUAUUCAAGGCAGUUGUGAGAAUCAAGUUAUCCACUUGGAAAAGGAUCCCUGAAUGAUUCUGGUACCAGAUGUUUUGCUUGGAGAAUGGCAGGGAGGUUGGCUUGGUGAUAAAGGAAAAUAUACUGUAAUUUUCUUAGGGAUACUUGGUUAAUAAAUGAUAAUAAUGAAAACACAUGAAUUCCAUUCACAGAUCCUCAACCCGAACUUCAAGGUACUUGUGUGCAGUUCAGCCCUGCACCAAAGCAGAAAACCUAUUUGAGGGGAAAAAGUGACCUCCGCCCUCCCUCCUUGACCCCACGCCCCCUCUGCUUCCUCGCCUUGCCGCGCUGCGGCCACGUUUCCAAGCGGAGCUCUGCACGGUCCCCUCUGAUUGUAGGACAGGGAAUGAAACCUUAGGAGCUCCUCUUGGAAAACAGCUCGCUACUUAGGGAUUUUAUUCCGCCUACAACUUUUACUUCGAGGAACAGUAGUUUUCGAUGUUUUCAUGACAUCACUUGGCGAAUGGCCUUCACAGAGGUGUAGCAGCAUUUCCCCCUUCUGAUCCUGUGUUCAGACUCUCCACUGACGCUUCCGCUUCUCUGCAGGUGUACCUAGAACUGUUCCCAGUGGACUUGAACAGUUGGUUCAGUGGUACCUGAUAGCUCAGUCUCUUGUACAUAACAUAUAUAUAUAUACAUAUAUAUAUAUAUAUAUAUAAAUAUAAUUAUAUCUCAGUGCAGCCAGUGAUUUGGAUUUACAGUUUACUCUGGGGUUAUUUCUUCGGUCUAGAGCCUUGAGGUCCUCCACUGCAAUCCAAGUGGGAUUUUCCCCAACGGUUUCUAAGUUGAGCUCGGGCUGUGGCCCUGAUGCCACUGCAUGCUGAGCAUCAUGAAGCAGCUGUGUUUCUGAGGAGUCUGGAAGGUCUUGGUCGUGGGCAUGGUGGUUUGAAGAUUUCUUUGGUCUCCCCUGCUCCAUCCCCUGGUUCUCCAGCCUCAUUUUCUGCAUCCUUGUUGGAGAGGGCAUUACUUGUUCAUUACAGAGGUGGGAAUGAAGAGGACACAUGUCAGCAUUUCUCUUUCCUCUGCUCACUUUGCAGGGUGGAACUUGGUGCCUGUUAGACCUGAGGGCACCUACCGAGUCCCCAGGGAAAAUACAGCUCACAACAUGUUUAGCUAGUUUAAAAAAACAAAAACAACAAAAAACCAGGACACCUCUUUGCAAAGAGUACCAUCACCUGUGUUCUCAUCUCAGACUUGUGCUGUUUUAGAAGUUUGGGAAGACACACGUUCUGCAGCCCUCACAGGCUCAGUGGCCCUCAGGUCAGCCUGGCCACCUGUGGCUCUUAUUGCACAAGGAUAGUCAUUCCCCCUGCUCCCAGCUGCAGUGAAUUGCAAGCAAAAGAUCUUGAAAGUAAAAAGCACUAAUUAGUUUAAAAUGUCACUUUUUUGGUUUUUAUUAUACAAAAACCAUGAAGUAAUUUUUUUUAUUUGCUAAACCAGAUUUUUUGUUCCUUUCUAGUGAUUCAUGUUUAUGAAGAGAGUUGAGUUUAACAAUCCUAGUUUUUAAAAGAAACUAUUUAAUGUAAAAUAUUCUACUUGUCAUUCAGAUAUUAUGUAUAUCUUCUAUGGCCUUUAUUCUGUACUUUUAAUGUACAUAUGUCUGUCUUGUGUGAUUUGUAUAUUUCACUGGUUCAAAAACAAAACAUCGAAAGGCUUAUGCCAAAUGGAAGAUAGAAUAUAAAAUAAAAUAUUACUUGUAUAUUGGUAA